AUGUCCGAAUCACCUAGAUCCGAAAAGUACAUGUUUUUAAGCAGAUUCAGUACGCCGGUGCCUGAGCUGGAUGACCAUCGGUUUCAAUUGGAUCCCCCUCGUAUUGAGGCAACCCCCGAUAUGACACUUAGUCGGCAGCAUACCACACCACAGAAUCUGAACGUGGAGACGCAACAACGCCCAGAUCUGCUUCACAUUCAGGAUGCUCUUCGGGAAGCAGGAUCAUACUCUCGGGACUUUGAGCAAGCUAUAGCAGACGACGAUCGGUCAAUAAAGGAUGUCAAUGGCCUGGGUCGCCGCUUCUCGCUUGACCCAACUGGGAAUAUCCGACACACCCAUACCUUUAGCCGUACACAUCAAGACAUUGCAAACAUGUCGAGGGAUUCAUCGGUUUCUGCGAGAUCAACAUCCCCGCCUAAUUCGGUUGAGGCUUUUGCGGACCCCCGGCGCCGGGAGCGUGCGAACACCCUAGAAAGUCAUGCAGCACCAGACUUGGAGGCUAUUCUACAGCGUACAGUGUCUGGUGGGACACAUCCACGUCGUCCAACCUUCAGUAAUGCGAGUGCCAUUAGGCCUCAACCUAGUGAUAUCCAAUUAGAUUCGCCUGAAGAUACGUGCGUUCCGACCUUCGAACAACCCGGCAGAAUUCCAGUGAUUGACUAUGAGGAGCUGGAGGAGUUUGUUGCUCUCAAUCAGAAGACGAAACCCACAACGACAAUGCGCAAGCAUAGCCUGAGCUCACAGAGUAAAAAUCCUCGUGUUUUCUAUGACCUACGUCCGGGUGCUCAGAAGUCCGACAUCUAUGAUAUGAAGCGCUCUUCAGAUGACUUAGCCGGCCUCGGCGCAAAGGAUAUUGAGAAACACUUUGCCGAUGCUGUCAAUGAGAAAGAAUUAGUGGAGAAUCUCAAGAAUGAGAAUGAGCCAACUCGGUUCGGCUUCUUUUCAUCCGAGUCCCAAAGUACUGUUCACGCUGCGGAGCUAGGCGACUUGGUUCUACCUGGAGACACAUUCCGAGACCUCUUUCAGCUUGGCCCAGACGGAGGUGUUUGGUGGCUAGAUGUCUUGAAUCCCACUGAAGCCGAAGUCGGUGCCCUUUCGAGAGCUUUUUCCAUUCACCCGUUGACGACGGAGGAUAUCUUAACCCAAGAGGCUCGAGAAAAAGUUGAAUUAUUCAAGCAAUAUUAUUUUGUCUGUUUUCGGACGUUUUAUCAGAUGGACAAGUCAAGCGAGCGCUUUAUGGAGCCCGUCAAUUUUUACAUGAUCGUCUUCCGCGAUGGUGUGUUGUCGUUCUCUUUUACUGAAAAUCCCCAUGCUGCCAAUGUCCGGAGAAGAAUCGGGAAGCUCCGUGACUAUGUGUCACUAAGUAGUGACUGGAUCUGUUACGCCAUGAUUGACGACAUUGUGGAUAGUUUUGGCCCUGUAAUUCGUGAAAUUGAGGUCGAGUCAGAAGCGAUUGAGGAUCUCGUCUUUAUCGCACGCAUGGACGAUUUUGAGUCCUUCUUGCCACGAAUUGGUGGUUUGCGCAAGAAGGUUAUGAGUUUGAUGCGCCUCUUAGGUGGUAAAGCGGAUGUUAUUCGAGGUUUCUCCAAACGCUGCAACGAGCAAUACUCAGUAACACCGCGUGGUGAUAUUGGUCUUUACCUGGGAGAUAUCCAAGAUCACGUAGUGACCAUGAUGUCUAACCUAGCCCAUUUCGAGAAGAUGCUCAGCAGAUCACAUACCAAUUACCUCGCGCAGCUAAACGUGACCAAUCUAGUGUUGGGAAACCACGUCAACAAGAUCCUCAGCAAGGUGACCCUCAUUGCAACCAUGUUGGUUCCCAUGAACCUGAUUUGUGGUCUUUUUGGGAUGAACGUUACGGUUCCUGGUCAAGGGCAGGAAGGUCUUGCGUGGUUUUUUGGCAUUGUUGAUACCCCCUCCCUGGCCUCUGGAAUUCAUAGCAACUUGACUACCAAUGAUGGAGACUCACACUUCUCCUUCCCACUUGGGUCCUACAAUGGACUAGUGGUUGAAGAUGCUGUGGACGAAACUGGGAUCUUACGAGGUUUAGAUCUUGUCCGCAGGGCUCCUAUUGGAGUCUCCUCUAUAGGCAAUAAUCAAUACCAGAAGGGCGAAGUCAAGCUAGGUGGGACUCAAUGGUGGUACUUUUCGACAGAUUCUUUAAAUGGCAGAAACGCCAAUAAAACAUCCGACAAACAAACAAGCGGCAGUUCGAAGCGUUCCGAAACCGUCUUCAUAUCUCUGACAGCAUGCUCGAAGCCCAGCCUUAAUAAAGCAUACCUCAACAAUGCUCAAGACUUGCCGCAACUGGAGGUCUACACUUCUCUAUCCCAAUCGCUUCAGAAGCCUGGUCCCGGGCAAGACAACUUAAAUCAAACUAGGUACAAGGCCGAAGAGGGCUACAUGGGCACUGCUAUUGAAGCAGAAGGUGAUAUUUAUAUUGGCGUUGCAGCACCUAAUAGUACAGAGUAUUCUGGAUCCUACAGCUACGAGAUUGCCGUAUCAGUGGAUGCUCUUUUCCACACCAUCGCGAAUGGAUCCCCAUUCUUAUAUUCUGUGGACUCGGAUAUGCAUAGCGCGCUCUUCACCACUGGCAACCUAACGGAAGCAGAGCCAGGUUCUCAGAUCUACAAAAAUUGGAUGAAUAUGACACCGCCGUAUACAAUGUUUGCAAACAACAUCAACGAUUCAGCCAUCACAGGCUUACGCCGCUCGUACUGUGCACUCGACCAACUCGCACAGGUAGGCAAGGGUGAUAGUAACAUUAAAGCAAGCAUGACGAGUAGGGGACCUGGCAAUAAACCAAAGGAGCAGUUCUAUGUGACUGGCCUCAACCGGAGUUCAAGUUAUUUAGGCAUUCUAGCACUGGAUGGAAAUGCGACCAGUUCGGGAAACGGAAUCAUCGGCGGCGGCGGGAAAGUUUGGGAACCGAUUCACUUCUCAACCAAAGCAGAUGGAAACUGUGCGCUCAUUUACAAUCUUUCAUUUUGCGAAGAAAUUGCGUAUGCGGUACCUUCGAAUCCGUCCAUCAAAAUAGACGAUCUUCGCUCAAUCUACGACAACAAUGCCGCUUCACUUUAUAACAAUUUCUCUUACUCUUUAGAGCAAAUCCAAUGCAAUGCUACGAAUGAGACCCGGUAUUCUUUGGCGGUGGGUUGCGAUGACUGCGCGAGAGCUUACAAACAAUGGUUAUGCGCUGUAACCAUUCCCCGGUGCGAAGACUUUUCAAGCACUGGCAAGUUCCUCCAAGCACGAAAUGCUGGGCAGCAGUUCAUCAACGGGACGUCGUUUAGUGGCAACCACACACUGCGACUAGAUCCCACAACCAAUCAGUCUCGAAACUCGCUGAUAGAUGACAAAAUUCGACCAGGACCCUACAAAGAGAUUCUCCCCUGCGAAGAAACGUGCUAUAACCUUGUCAAGAGCUGUCCGGCUGCUCUAGGCUUCAGCUGUCCCCAGGGUAGAUGGCUCGAUUCUACGUACGGCAAGCGCAGCGACAAUGAUUUCGGCACCUGCAGUUGGGUAGGCGCGCCGUACCUCAUGGGCGGCGGAGAUAAGAUAAAGCCUUUGUGGUCAGCCUUAUUUGCCCUCGUGGCUGUCUGGCUUUCAUAUUGGGCGUUUUGA